CCACUACUCCUGGCGUGCUCUACAAAUCGGCUAUUUUGAUCAACAGGAUCGGAGACAUAGACUCGCCGGCCAGAGGGGCUCGUACAAGAUGCUAGGGGACGCAAUCCUAGAUCUCCUCAUUCCCUCACUAAUUCUCCUCCAUUUGGUCUUGGCUCCGUACACCAAAGUUGAAGAAUCGUUCAAUAUCCAAGCAGCCCACGAUAUUCUCAUUCAUGGAAUACCAUUCGGCAACACAACUUCCUCCUUGGCUGCCAACUACGAUCAUGUAGCCUUCCCAGGCUCCGUGCCUCGAACAUUUGUUGGAGCAGCGGUCCUUGCAGGCCUCGCAGGCCCGUUCAGGAGGUUCUUCACCUCCAAGACAUCUCUCCAAUUACUCGUUCGAGCAAUCCUUGGCCUCGGAAAUGCUGCCGGUCUGCAUUUUGUCAAAGGCGCUGUCGACACCGCGUUUGGCAAAACUGCAGGGAGGUGGUACAUCCUCCUCCAAGCUAGCCAAUUUCAUGUCAUAUUCUACGCUUCUCGGACCUUGCCCAACAUGUUCGCAUUCAUCCUGACGAAUUUGGCGUUGCGCAAUUUGAUUCUCGCCAAAGCCGUGGCGUGGAAGACGGAACGAAGUUCGAAGAGGAGGCGACUGGCAUUGUACCUGCUUACUCUUGCUGGAGUGCUCUUUCGAUCUGAAGUUGCGAUUUUGCUGGCUGCUGAGACGAUGUAUCUGCUCUACCAACAGAAGAUCUCCUUGAAGAAGGAGAUUGUCCCUGCGGGCAUAGCUGGUCUGACUUUGGGCCUCCUCACGACUGUCACGAUCGAUUCCUUCUUCUGGCAACAAUGGCCGCUCUGGCCUGAAUGGGCGGGCUUCUAUUACAACACCAUCCUGGGCAAAUCCUCCGAAUGGGGCACAAGCCCGAUACACUUCUACUUCCUCAACGCCCUGCCACGAUUGCUCCUGAACCCAAUUACCUACCUUCUCCUCAUUCCGCUCUCGAUUGCCAACUCGCCUGUCAGCAGAGACGUCUUCAUCCCUCAAACCGCCUUCAUCGCCCUCUACAGCCUUCUUCCACACAAAGAAUGGCGCUUCAUAAUCUACACCAUUCCGGCUCUUACCGCAAUCGCCUCCAGCAGCGCAAGUCAUAUCUGGACCCGUCGCGCCAAAUCCACUCUCUACAGCCUCGGCUCCCUCCUACUACUCUUAACAACACUCCUCUCCUUCCUCACUAGCCUCGGAAGCCUCUACAUCAGCACUCUCAACUACCCCGGCGGCCAAGCCCUCUGGCUCCUCCACCGCCUCGAACCCGAAUAUCGCGUCCCCUACAAAAUCCAUCUCGGAAACCUCGCAACUCAGACCGGUAUCACAAAAUUCCAACAAACUCGUCGAACAUGGAAAUACGAUAAAUCAGACAACCAAACUGCUCUCCUCGAACCCGAGUUCUGGCUCCAAUUCGAAUACGCAUUAGCUGAGAAUCCUGCUCGCGUCAUCGGGCCCUGGCAACGCUAUGCUACAGUUUCGAAGUUUGCGGGCAUUACGUUUGAUCCAGACGAAGAGGAGCUUUUGCCUCUCACGCCUGUGUUUGGAGAUUGGGGACAUACGGUUCAAGAGUACUACGUCAACGCUGUGAAUAUUUUGAGGAAAUUUGUUCCGGGGCAAAAAUGGCCGGGGAUCAAGAUGAAGGAGAGCGUGUAUAUUUUGUGGAGAGAGCCGCCGCCGUUGAAGAGAGAAGAUCCGGCUGUGGCGAAGAUUAAGGAGGAAGCUGACCGGGUUGCAGCGGCGGCGAAGGCUAAAGCUGUUAAAUCUUGAGUGGCAGUAGAACGGCACGGCAUCUGUAGUUGUAGUUGCAAAACAAAAAAUGCACAUCAGUCUGUACCCGUCA